UCCACACACACUCUCUCACACACACACACACACAGACACAGACACACACACACUCACUUACACACACACACACACACACACACACAUACACACACACACACACACAUACACACACACCACUACAGUAUAUCAGCGAGUGACUAGCGGAGAGCCAGAGGGGAGUGCAGAAAUGAAUGUGAAGAUCCUGACGCUGGUGAUUGUGCUCUUGGUGUCUCUGCUGUGUUCUGCUACUGCUGGUCCCAUGGCCUCCAUGGAGCAUGGCAGAGAGCUGGAAGAGGCCUCUCCAGUGAGAAAAAUGGUCCAGCAGAGCCCUGCAAGGGGUGGUCAGACCCACAGACCAGCCGGCUGGAAGAGGAGACGCCCACGGCCCCGUCUUUCCCACAAGGGGCCCAUGCCAUUCUAGAGCAAGGCACUGCUUUGAGCGCCCUCCCCCAGGUUCUGAUUUCUAUGCUCUUCCUUUGCCUUGGGGGGCCUUGCAACAAAGGGCCGAUGCUUGCCCAGCCUGAAGAGUGAUGUCCAUAGCACCUGCUGGUUCUUCAAGCAACUCUGUCCACAAAAAAUCAGGACAAGCCGCUCACCCUCAGCUCGAGGAAGAAUUGGGAGCAGGGAAGGGGGGUGGGGGGUAUUGAACCCGAGCUAUCAGACUCUAUUUCUCUGUCUCUCUUUCUUUUACUCCCUCGCUACUUAUCUAUCUCUGUCUUCUCCCAAGUGUUUUUUUUCCUAUCAUUUGCUUAAUAGAGCCCAAUCAAUAGCGAUCUCCCUCAGUGUCUCACACACUUUGCAUGAUAUGUGGUGGAGGGGGAGCCCAGUCAUAACAAUCUGAGUCUUAAAGCAUCUGUCACUUCUCCAUGGUGUGGUAUUCCCAUCUCUCAGAUUCAAGGUUACAGCAGCCACUGAUUUAUUUGCUGUGUAGCUACUUAUCAGCUUUACUUGUGAGAGAGGGUGCUGAUCAUGCAGAAGGGCAGUUAUAAUAGUUGACAAAAGCAAAUAUUAAGUUCACUUAUGAUACUCUGGAUGUAUGCAGCGUAAAGGAAAUUCCUAAGUUUUUGUGUUUAAAAUGGAAGAGCAAGUGAGUCACAUCUGAACGACAUUGAAAUCAUCGCUUAACUAUUAUUAUUUACGGUGCGUUGUACCUCCUAAUGACACUGCGUCCACAUGCAAAGUAAAGUUGGACUGAAAAGAGAGUCCUAUUGUCAAAACAAUCUAUUCAAGUGACACAACAAUUCCUAAAUUUAGAAAAGAAAUGAAAGUCUUCAAUUCCAAAGCUAUUUUGGUGUUUGUGAACUCAUUAACACCUUGGGGAGGGGGGUGGGGGGUUUACUGACGCGCUCAAGGUUACUGUAAAAUGUUGCACCUUGGAUGAGUCCUUUGACCCCAAAUCCCAAUCCCAAUCCUGUCCCCAAUCCCCAGCCUUCGCACCACAUUGCUGCCCUGUGCAGCUGCUCUACACGACUGUUAACUGGCAGGAGCGGUCUGCUCCACCGACAGGUCGCCUUGCCUUUUAAUGAAGUGCCAAAUAAUAACCUUGUCCACAAUGCUGCCAGGAACAAAGGAAUGGAAGGUUAGGCAGAAACACAUUACCUCUUGUUUGAAGUCUUGAUACACUGACACAAUAUGCAUUUUAAAUUUCUUCUAACAGAAAUCCAAUGUGAGAUAAUGAUAAUAGGAAGACAAGUUAAAUUUGACCAACAAAAACAGGAAACAGUUUCGAAGCAAAGCUCAGCUCAGUUAAUAUACCACAGUGACCAGCCUCCCACUAGUGCUCUAGCUGCUGUAAUAUUCAGCAUAAGGCUGGUUUGACCCCUUGACCGAAAUCUUUCACUGACAAAAUGCUAUGCCUUUCCAUCAUACUGGAAUAUAUUACUGUUUGUGUUUAUUUCUGUGUUGAAGUAGUAAUUUCUUUUUUUCUCAGGGUGCUGUGACAGAGGCUUGUACUAGCGCAGUCUAUUUUGUGCAUUUAUUUAAUAAAGAACACAAACAUACAGUACAUUAAAGCUUAUACGAGCAUAUUUUCAUAUACGGUAUCUUUACUCUCCCUGUAUGUAUUCACCAAUAUAGCCAUGUAGCCAGAUUCAGUCCUUUCUCAUCCUGAUCUGUUCCCUACAUUUCGUUGGGUACAGUUGCCUUUUCUAGUGCGCCCUACCACAGCACAGGUGGUCGUGGCUUUGAUCAUUCCGCUCAUUAAAUCCUAGAGUUAAUCUUUCUCAGAUGGAUCUCCCCAAGGCUGGCCGGGGCCACUUAGUCUGAGCUCAUUGUUAAAUUGGCUUAGACUGAAACCACGCCCUUCCCCCUUUCCAAUCCCCAAACCCCGAAUGAUUCAGAGUGUAACCAUGUAACAUAUUAGGAGAGUAACGUGUAGAGCAGCCACCUUGCAAUCGUUCGUUGUGUAUUAGGUGUGAGAAGCAACUUCCUCAUUUUUUGGAGGUAAACUCUCAUUUCAAUCCGCUGCGAUUCAAUCAGCAAACACUCUACUACGACCAAAUAAGCAACUGGCAGGUAAACUUAGAUUUCCGGUACCUUUUCCCUCUCACCAUGUCUCAUGCAAAUAAUAUAAUAAAAUGCAGAGUCUUCUCAGGCCCAGCAUGAGAAGCUUUUAUUAAGAGAGCAUCUAAAAUCACAUCCACCCAACCAAGCACUGCUUGAUUAAAACUGUAUUAAAUCCUAGGGCACUGUGAAGCGAAAUUAUUUCCGUUCCACCAUUUUUUUUUUUCAUACCCGCUUAGACAGAGAUGUAGAUUUCAUUAAUGCUCCUUGGGAGUGAGACAGCUUUGCUCAUGACGUCUCAUGUAUUAUUGGGGAAGAUAGUGGGAAGAUAUGAGCUGGGGAUGGAAGUUCAAAGCCGCAGGAGUUGGGAUGCUGGAAGUAGAUGAGGUUAUGACAAGGGGUUUUAAACAAUAUUCCCCCAUCUCGGAAGUUUUUGUUACAGAGCCGAGCAACGUCUGUAUCCGCACUGUUCUUCAUGAAUGUAUCCUCACCAUCUGCACCAGCCAUGCUGCCCUUUCAGAGACAAGAGCAAACCAAUGUUUAUGUAAAGUACCCUUUUGAAUCUUGGUCAGUUGAAUCCAAAAAUCAAAAGCCAAAUAUCCCACUGAUCCAAAGCCUCUAGUGUCAAUAAGUCCCAACAAAUAGACGUGGCUUUGCUCCAAGAUUUUCUGUAUGGGUUCGCAAGGCUGCACUUUUGCAAUUCCAUUAUGCUGCUGGACAAAUACACCCUGAAAACAAGAGUCUCUUGGUAUGGAAUAGUUUUCCAGUGUAUUGUGACAAUUUUUUGUCUGAUUUUUGUCUAGCUGGUUGUCCAAAGCUUACUUUUUGAAUACAGUGUGAAAACCUGUAUUUUUUGUGGAUGUAACAAAAUAGAAAAGUAGUCUGCAGCACAAUAUGUCGUUGACACGUGAAAGCUUUCAGGCAUUCUUUUCUUGUAGAUCAUAGCCCACAACCCUCCUCUGCACAUCAGGUUAAUGGGCCUUGUGGUGUGGAAGGACAAGCAUGUCCAGGCUCAAACUGAAAUGGUAAACCAAUACAUUAUGCUCGGGGAGCAAAACCAUUUUCCUUAAUGGUCUUUUCCAGCAAGGCUUACACAAGAGAAACGAUUCCUAUCCUCUCAAUGUUUCCCCUCCAGUUCCUCUUCUCUGUGACCAUCUCAAGGCCUGAGUAAUGUUCCUAUGCACUUGUUAGCAUGUUUUCCUGGUAGAAAAAUGUUUGUGCUGAGAACUUGCCCCAUUGUGUUUUGUUAUUUUUGUCCAAAUGCAUUUGGCUGGUAGUGUGUAAGGAGUGGGGAUGAGCAGAGAGAUAGAUAUGUGUUAAUGGUGGAGAUGAGAGUAAGCUAGCAGAAAGAUUUAAAAUAUUAGCUUAGCAAAUAAGCUCUGUUUCCCAAUAGCUGUAGACACAACAGCCACAAAAAACGUCAUGGAAAAACACAAGGUGUUUAUGUUUUCUAUGCUUUUGUCAUUAUAUACUCAGUUCUCUACCAGACACAAUUCCUUUCAAUUGAAACCGAACCAAACUUUUCAUUCAUUGUGGGAAUGGUAUGAGAGUCAGCACACAACACAUUCCAUGAUUUUACCUUGUGUAUCUCUAAACUCAUCAAACUGUAUCAUGUUGGCCUUCAGAGUGGGUGUCUGCAGGAUCUAGUGGCUGAUAUUCAAUCCAAUGCAUUCACACAUUUCCACCGGCUGGGCAAUCCAAAGGAUAACUAGAUUAUAUCUCCCGUGGGAAAUGACUAUCUGUCAUUAUCCCGGAGCCUCAAAGAGGCUUCCUACACCCAGAAUAGCACAGGCCCCUUGAUUGCAACAUAUUCUCCAUCUAUGUAACCACUGUGUUAAAGAUCAGCUACAUUCAGAACGAUCUGAGGAGAGAUGCAGUCUGUAGGCUUGCACGCCAUUGCAACAGUGUUACUAGGUCUCAAGCAGAAACAAUUUUUAAGACAAUGUAUUACUCCUGAAACUUAUAUUCUGUUUAUGGUGUGUGCUCAUAUUACUCACCAGGCCAAAUGUACAGUCCCUGUCUCUGUUUUGAUGUUGAACUGGGCAAAAAUAAAUGACAUAAAUAAAUAAAUAAAACAAGUGUAUCAGAAAUGGUUGAAAUACUGUGUACAUAUUUGAACUUUUGGUUUCUAAUUUAUAAAAGAUAAGCUUUAGCUCUUGGAGUACUUAUUUUAUUUUUUCCUUUCAUGCGUAGCUUUGUGUUUUUAUUUUCUAUUUCUGUAAAGUGUGUAAAUAUAUCUUUAUGAUAAUAAGUAAUAUUAAAAAUCUUAUUUUAAGAAAA